CUUUCUUUCUCUCCUUCCCCUCCUUGCCUCUCUUUCCUGGGCUUUUGGGGGCUUGCUUUUCCUCCCCGAGGAAAGGGAGGCGAUGGAGGUGAGCGCGGAGCAGCCCCGCUGGGUGAGCCACCACCACGCGGCCGUGCUCAACGGGCAGCACCCGGAGGCCCACCACCCGGGCCUGGGCCACUCCUACAUGGACCCCUCGCAGUACCCGCUCCCCGACGAAGUGGAUGUACUUUUUAACAUCGACGGGCAAGGCAACCACGUCCCGCCUUACUACAGCAACUCCGUCCGCGCCACCGUCCAGAGGUACCCGCCCGCCCAUCACGCAGGUGGCCAGGUGUGCCGCCCGCCCUUGCUGCACAGUUCCCUCCCUUGGCUGGAUGGGAGCAAAGCCCUGGGAAGCCACCACCACGGCACCUCCCCAUGGAACCUGAGCCCCUUCUCCAAGACCCCCAUCCACCACGGCUCGCCUGGACCCCUCUCCGUCUACCCUCCGGCUUCCUCCUCCUCUUUGUCGGCAGGCCACUCCAGCCCACACCUCUUCACCUUCCCGCCGACCCCUCCCAAAGAUGUCUCCCCGGAUCCCUCCAUCUCCACUCCGGGUUCCACGGGAUCCAGUCGGCAAGAGGAGAAGGAGUGCAUAAAGUACCAGGUGUCUUUGGCCGACACCAUGAAGCUGGAGUCUUCUCAUUCCCGGAGCAGCAUGGCUUCGCUAGGAGCCGCCUCUUCCUCAGCUCAUCACCCCAUCACCACCUACCCAUCCUACGUUCCUGAAUAUGGCUCUGGACUUUUCCCUCCUAGCAGCCUCCUAGGGGGAUCUCCGACUGGCUUCGGGUGCAAAUCCAGGCCCAAAGCACGUUCCAGCACAGAAGGCAGGGAGUGUGUAAACUGUGGCGCUACCUCGACCCCGCUAUGGCGGAGAGAUGGCACUGGGCAUUAUCUCUGUAACGCCUGUGGACUGUAUCAUAAAAUGAACGGGCAGAACCGCCCCCUGAUAAAACCCAAGAGAAGGCUGUCAGCUGCAAGAAGGGCAGGGACAUCAUGCGCAAACUGCCAGACCACCACCACGACCCUCUGGCGGAGGAACGCCAAUGGCGACCCAGUGUGCAAUGCCUGUGGGCUGUACUACAAGCUCCACAAUAUUAACAGACCCCUGACUAUGAAGAAGGAAGGCAUCCAGACCCGAAACCGAAAAAUGUCUAGCAAGUCGAAAAAGUGCAAAAAGGUCCACGACAGCUUGGACGAUUUCCCCAAGAGCAGCUCCUUCAACCCGGCCGCCCUCUCGAGACACAUGUCCUCCAUCAGCCACAUUUCGCCCUUCAGCCAUUCGGGUCACAUGCUCACCACGCCGACCCCGAUGCACCCGCCUUCCAGCCUGUCGUUCGGACCUCACCACCCGUCCAGUAUGGUCACCGCCAUGGGCUAAGAGUGCGCCCGGGAGAGAGAGAGAAAGAAAGAAAGAGACUUCCCCGCUCGACUUGCUUUUCUUUAAAGUUCUCAAAAGGAGGGGUAUGGUUUUUGAUGGACUUGCCUUCGUUGCUGGCGAAGAGAGCAUCUUUGGAACUUUCAAAGCCCUUGGGAAAUGGAUGGAGAAUAAUAAUAAUAAUAAUA